AUGGCUGCUAGAUGCGUGGAGUGCAUCAAGGUCCCGCCAGGAGGCAAGCCAGAGGUGAGAGUCUACAUUUCGCCUUGUCCUCCCACUUGUUCUCCCUGCUCUUACUCCCCCAUUUGCCCCGCAUGCAUUCCCGCCCCCUCAUGCCUUCCACCCCAAUUCUUGUCUCCCGCCCACUCUCUUGCCUCCCGCCCCCUCUUGUCUCCCCAGCACCCCUUGCUUCCCCACUUCAUAAGCCAUCCCAUCUCCUCUCCGCUUUUCACUCUCAUGCUGCACAUGCCGCCAGGCCAGGGUGCUAUGGAGGGGCAAUGUCAUCGUCCCUCCUCAUUCUUCCGCCCCUCUCUACCCCCUCUCGUCACUCUUCUCUCUACUCUUUUCCUGUCACUUUCCCCCCCCUCCUCCCCCGCUCAUCCAUCCUCUCCACCCUACUCUACCAAUAAUCUCUACUCCCUCUCCUCUCUUCUCCUCCGCUCUCCCCUCCUCCCCUUCCCCAGUCCACUCCUCUUUCCUCUCCUUCCUCCCCCGUCUUCAAUCCACAAUCCUACUCUCUUCCCUCUCUUCCCCCACCAGGUACACGUGUCGCCAGACUGGGUGUUCACAUACGACUAUGUGUACGGAGGAACAGGAAAACAGGUGGUCACAUUCUCCCCUUUCAUCCCUCUACCCCCAAUCUUCCCGCUCCAGGUGCACGUCUCACCAGACUGGGUGUUCACAUACGACUAUGUGUAUGGAGGGACGGGCCCGCCCAUGUCGCAGCUCUUUGCUGACUGCAUCAUGCCUCUCGUGCACGGGCUGUUUGACGGUUACAACGCCACGGUCUUUGCAUACGGUCAGGACUCUCCCGUUUCCUAUCUACCCCAUCUCGCUAUCCUCAACGUGCAGACGGGGUAUGGCAAGACGUACACCAUGGGCAUGGCUCUUCACAGCACGGCUGCUCGAAGCACGAGGAACGCUUCGCAGUCAAUGUCUUCUGCUGCACUCUCAUUUCGUACCCUUCCCUCCCUUGUGGACGUGCAGACUGGUUCGGGCAAGACGUACACCAUGGGCACGGCUCUUCAGAGCACGGCUACUGCUGCCGAGACAGACACCAAUGUGGUCACCGACUCGUCAGUGGAGAAGGAAGGGGGGGUGGCGAGGCGCGUGGUCAACUCGCUCUUCCAACGCGUGGAGGAUCUCGCCCACUGCUCUCGCUUCCAGAUUCGUGUCUCGCUCAUAGAGAUCCACAAGGACGAUAUCCACGACCUUCUAGAGACUAGAGUCCCUUGUUUUCAGAGCUGUGUCGAGAAUGCCUCUUUCUUCUCAUGUAGCUUCAUGCUCCCCCCUUCAAUCCCCCCCGCGCUGCUCCCGUCACCCACUCAGAUUCACAAGGACGAUAUACACGACCUUCUAGAGUUCCUCGCUGCUCCUUUCCCCACCUCCUCCCCCUCCUCCGCCUCCCCUGCCACCGUCGCUGCUCUAGCCGCUGCCGCUGCUGCGGCCCGAGCCUCCCCUUCAGGCCCGGCGCCCUUAGGCCUGGCGCCGCCGCCCCGGCAGACCGUGGCGAUCCGGGAGUUGCCGGGAGGGGUGUCUCUCACAGGGGUUACAGAGCAGGUGGUUACCACACGGGACGAGGCUAUAGCAUGCUUGGAACACGGGCUGUUGUUUGGGUGUGUGGAGGGUGAUGGGGACUGUCGUUCCCAAGCCAUCUUCACGAUAUUCGUGGACCUUACCUUCUUGUCGCCCACCCUUCCCUCACUAUACUCGUCCCUGCUCCCCCUCCCUGUCUUUUCGUGCUCACUCACCUUUCUUGCUACCAAUCGGUCCCAUGCCAUCUUCACAAUAUUCAUGGACCAGUUCAGGCAAAGGGCAAUCCCACUGGACCCACAUCUUUCCCUCACUACCUCCCGUCCUUCUCUCUCCCUUUCUGAACUCCCUUCCCCGUUUUCUUCCCACCAGUCGUUCCCACGCCAUCUUCACAAUAUUCGUGGAUCAGUUCCGGCGAAGGGCAGUUCCGCUAGACCCCGCCUCUCGCCUUUCCACCAGCAUGACAACCGCCACUGGCACUUACCUAAGCAGCAGUACCAGUGGGAGUUCCACAGCAGCGGAAGAGCUUUGCUUGAAAGCGGAGACGGCACGGGGAAAGCUGAUGGGAUGGCACUGUUUGGGCAGGACGAAAAUGUUUUGUUUGGGGUUGGGCGGAUGGACGAGGAGCAUCUGUGUGCGAAGAUGCAUCUGGUGGACCUGGCGGGCAGCGAACGAAUUAAACGCACCAAGGCAGAGGGCGCUCGGCUGAAGGAAGGCAUCCACAUCAACAGGGGUCUCCUGGCCCUGGGGAAUGUGAUCAGUGCACUCAGCAGCGAUGAGAAGAGGAGGAAGGAUGCAGCAGGAGGGGCAGGAGGAGGGGGAGGAGGGGCAGGGUUUGCUGCGGCGUUGAUUCCUGUGCAUGUGCCCUUGUUGAUCACAUGCAUCGCUUCAGCGGGGUUCACGGCGGCAUUGAUUCCUGUGCACGUGCCGUUUUGGGACAGCAAGCUGACGCGGCUGUUGCAGGAUUCUCUUGGAGGGAAUAGCCGCACUGUCAUGAUAGCCUGUGUGAGCCCCACGGACUCGAACGUAGAGGAGUCUCUCAACACCCUUCGCUACGCCAAUCGCGCGCGCAACAUCUGCAACCGACCGACGGUGAACCGGCUGGGAACGGUGGAUGCAGAGGAGGUGCGGCGGCUGAGGCAGCACGUGUCUCUCCUGCAGGCAGAACUAGCUAGGGUGCCGCCCCCUCUGCCCAUCACAGCAGAAGAGCUGCAGGCCCUGGAACAAAAUCUGGUAUCUCUCGAGGAGGCCAACACGCAGUUAAAGGCGUCACUAGAAAGCACCCAGUCAGACCUGCAGUCAACCCAGCAGACUCUAGAAGCAACAAGGCUAUCCUUGGAAUCCGAGAGGCAACGGGCGGAUGAAAGCGAGGCAGCGUGCGCUGCUCUGCGUGCUGACUGUGCAGCGCUGCGUGCUGACCUGGACAGCGCCACGUCGGAGAUCGCGCGGCUGAGCGCUGAGCUGGCGGCGGCAAAGGAGGAGUCAGCAAAAUCAAAGGAGCAGGUGGAUGCUCUGAGAAAGUCCCAUGAGAAAACCGGCCGUGGGCAUGGCGCUGCUGCUGGUGCUGCUGCUGGUGCUGGUAGCUUUGGCAGCAGUGGUGUUAGAAGGCAGUCGGGCGGAGGUGGGGGAACAGCAGCCUUUGGAGCGGCACGAAUGGAUGAGAUCAAGCGAGUUAAGAGAGAGGCAGAUAGGGCCGUGGCUGAGGCAACCAAGAGGGCAGAGAGGGAGAGUAAAAAGGCGGAGGAGGCUAUUGCGCGAGCUAGGAAGGCUUUGGAGAGAGCAGUAGAGGCAGAGAAGCGGGCACCUGAGGCAGAGAGACGGGCAGCAGAAGCAGAGAGGAGAGUAGCGGAAGCUGAGAAGAAAGCAGCGGGGGCAGAGAGACGGGCAGCAGAGGCGGAGGAGAAAAGGGAGAGAGAGAUGCGACGGGCAGAUGGUAGUGUUGAGCGCUUGGGUUUGGCAGAGGUUCGGGCUGCCGAGGCUGAGGCAGAGGUUCGGGCACUUCGUUCAGAGCUGGCAUCAGCGGCUGCCGAAGCAAUGGCGGCUGCUGUGGCACGGCAAGCCUCGGAGCAGGAGCAGGUGAGGGUGGUUCGGACGCAGCUUGCCGAGGCUGAGCAGGAGGCUCGGAUGACUUUAGCUGAGAUGGAAAAGAGGUUCGGGAUGGAGCGGGCAGAGUAUGAGAGGCAGUUUGAAGCUGAAAGGCAGCAUUGGGAGAAGGAGAAGAGCUCGUGGGAGGAGGAAGGGAGGGCGAAGGAUAGACGGGUGGCGCAUGAACGUUAUAGCUGGAAUCAUGAGUUGACAGCGGAAGUGGAAAAACGGGAGAGGAACUGGGCAGGGGAACGGGAGAUGUGGGAGAGGAGUCUUAGAGAGGAAGGGGAGGUUUGGGAAGGGAGGCUGAAAGAGGUACGGGACGCAUGGGAAGCAAAACUGAAAGAGGAAGCGGAGGCUUGGGAGAAAAAGCUUGCAGCAGCUGAAGAGAAAGCAGAGAAAGCAGCAGGGGUUGCGGAGAGAAUCAGGGCGGAAGUUGAAAGGGCGGAGGAGCAGGCAGUGGCAGGCAUGCUGCAGGAAAAGAGGCUUGCAGAAGAGAGAGCUUUUGCUGCUGAACGGGCUUUGGCAGGGGAGAAAGCGAUGCUGGAAAGGAGAAUGGCGGAUCUGAGGGCUGAGGUGAGGAAGGCUGCAAAGGAGGAAGAGGCGGAGUGGCUGGGGUUGGUGACUUUUGAAGCUGAGAGGUUGAGUGAGGAGUGUAAUGUGUUGAAGGGCGAGUGUGGGGAGUUGAGAAGGGAGUGUGAGGGGUUGAGGAAGAGGGAGAGGGAGGAGAGGGAGAGGAGGGAGAGGGAGGAGGCGAGGGCUGUGAGGGCCGAGGCUGCUGCUGCCGAAGCUGAGGCUCGGGUGGCUCGGGAGGUGAAGUGCGUCCAAGAGCAGGCUCGGGAAGAGGCUCGGAAAGAGGCAGAGAAAAUGGAGAGCGAGUUAGCGGAGGUUUGGGCGCAAGCCGAGGUGGAAGCAAAGAAGGCAGAAGAUGCAAAUGAGAGGGUGAAAGAAGCAGAGGAGCAAGUGAUUAUAUUGAAGGUUAAGAUUGAAGGGUUGAGGGAAGAGUUGAAUGAGCUUGAAGCUGUUCUGGAGGUGGAGGAGCGGAAGGCGGAGGAAGCAGAAAAGCUGCUGGUUCGGGCACGUGCCAAGCUUGCCGAAGCUGAGGCUCGGUCCGAAGCUGCAGAAGGGCGAGUGGAGGAGCUAGAAGGGGAGGUGGAGACAGCGAGAGAGGCAGAAGAGGUGGUUCGGAUGGAGUGUGAAGUGACGAGGGAGUGUGUGCGGGCGGCAGGGGAGAGAGUGAAGGAGUUGACAGAGAGAGUGCGGAGGAGUGAGAGGGCUGCGGAGGAAGCAGAGGAGAGGGCGAGAGGAGCGAAGGACGAGCAGCAGAAGGCGGAGGGGAGAGCGAGUGAGGCGUUGGCUGCAGUGGAAGGGGCAGAAGAGAGAGCGAGAGUUGCUGUGCGGGGGAGGGAGGAGGCGGAGAAGGGAGCAGAGGAGGCGAGGGGGAGGGCUGUAGAGGCUGAGAGGAAGGCUGCUGCUGCUGGGGCUGCGCUGGUAGAAGCAGAGGAACGGGCGAGGGAUAUGGGAAGGAGUGAGGAGGAGAGGGAAGAGGAGGGGGGGGAGGCGGAGGUGGGGGAAAAGCGGGAGGAGGAAGAGACGAAGAAUGGAGAGAGGAGAGUGGGAGAGGCGAAGGGAAUGAGGGGAUCACCAGGGAUAAGGGAUGUGGAGGAGGUAGUGGUGGCUUUGGUGUGUGAGAUGCUGGAUGAUGCGAUGUUGAGGGUGGAUCAAACACAGGAGACAGCUCUUGAGGUGUCUCAAGGGUCAAUGGUGACGGAGAACCGAUCACAGCAGAAGGAGCAGCAGUUUGGAGGAGACAGGCAGCAAGCGGAGGAAUGUUUGGUGUCGGGUGAACUGGCGGGUGAGCUUCAGGGUGAAGCGCAGGAGGAACUGCAGAAUGAGCUUCAGAACGAACCGCAGAUUGAGCCGUGGAGUGAACUUCUGAAUGAAACGCAAGAUGAAUUGCCGCAGAUCGAACUUUGGAAUGGAGGGCCAGCAGGGAGCGAGUGGCUGAGGAGGAGGCAGGAGGAGGUAGAGGCGAUGGUGGUGGGCCUAGUGGGACAGGUUCUAGAUAGCAGCAUGAUGAUUCUGCAGGCUCAGGAGCAGGCUCGGGAGCAGGCUCAGGAACAAGCCCGGGAACAGGUCUGGGAACAGGUUUGGGAGAAGGCUUGGAAGCAGGCUCGGUAUCAGUUGCAGCUGCAGCUUUUCCAGGCAGAGGAGAAGGCAACCGAGGCAACGGAGCAGGUUCGGGGACUGGAGCAGCAGCUGAUCAAGGCAGAGGAGCAGGUUCGGCAGACUGAGAAGGAGAUUGUGGUGCUCAAGGCUGAGCUGGCAAGUAAGGUGGCUGAGCUGGAUGCUAAGGUUGCUGAGCUGGCAAGGGCUGUGGAGGAGAAGGAGAGAGGGAGAGGUGAAGUGGAGGCAAUGAGAAUCGGACUAGAGGACUUGCGGGGGAGGCUACGAGUGAGGGAGGAGGAGAAGGGGCAUGCGGAGGAGCAUUUAGAAUGGCUUAUGAAGGAGCUGGCAGAAGAGAUGGCGGAGAGGGACGGGGAGAGAAGGGUAGUGAAUGCAAUAAGAGAGGAGGUUAGGAGAUUGCGAGGGAAGAUGCGGGAAGGUGAAGAGGUGAGGAGGCAGGCGGAGGGGCGUGUGGAGAGGCUUAUGGGAGAAUUGGCUGAUGCGGUGGAGGCGAAGGAGAGGGGGAGAGGGGAGGUGAAUGCGGUAAGGGAGGAGGUCAAGGGGUUGAGAGGGAUGUUGAGGGAUGGCGAGGAGGAGAGGAGGCAAUUGGAGGAGCAUGUGGAAUGGUUGAUGAAAGAGUUGGCUGAGGUGGUGGUUGAAAAGGAAAGGGCUGAGAGGGAGAGUCGAGAAGAGGAGGUGGAAUGGGGUGAAAAGGAGGAAAAGAAAUCAGAGGCAGAGACAGAGAUAACAGAGGCACACACUGGGUCAGGGGAAGAGGAUGGGAUCUCAGCACAAUCAGAAGUGGAAAGAGAAGAAGACCGCAUAGCAGAAGCAGAAAACGGGGGAGAGGCAGGCCCAGAAACAGGAGCAGGGGCAGGAGAAGGGAUAGGUGAAGAAGCAGCAUUGGAGGCGUGUGUAAAGUGGUGUGUGGAAGUGGGUGAGGAGGCAUGUGAGGAGGGGGGUGAGGAGGCGGGUGAGGAGGAGCAGAAUCUCCUUUCGUCACUCCUACCGCCUCCCCCACUGCCUCUCCCUCUCCCUCUCACUCCACUCGCCCUCUCUCUCUGCACCUGA